AACAAUGGCGUCUCGUAGCCCCAGGCGACAGCGUGGCGGGGCGGGUCUGUCGAUUGGAUGAACGCAGCUGAGAUUACUCCCAGCCACUAAGGACGAAGAGGUGGGGCGGUGGCGUCCCACGCACCGUGCGACAGUGGGCGGGGCUCUGUUGCCUGAGUAACCGGAUGAUGGUGGUGGUGGUGGUGUCUUCCUGUCUCAACGAUACCUAUUUUCUAGUGCUGAGAUCCUGAGACAAUGGUAGAUCUAAUAGGAUUUCCUGAUGAAUUGGAUCUAUGGUCUGAGAGAAAAUGAGUCAAGGAUAGAGUUAAAAGAUGACCCUAGGAUUUUGUCCUGAGCAAUGAAUCAUAGUGAAAGAUUCGUUUUCAUUGCAGAGUGGUAUGAUCCAAAUGCUUCACUUCUUCGACGUUAUGAGCUUUUAUUUUACCCAGGGGAUGGAUCUGUUGAAAUGCAUGAUGUAAAGAAUCAUCGCACCUUUUUAAAGCGGACCAAAUAUGAUAACCUGCACUUGGAAGAUUUAUUUAUAGGCAACAAAGUGAAUGUCUUUUCUCGACAAUUGGUAUUAAUUGACUAUGGGGAUCAAUAUACAGCUCGCCAGCUGGGCAGUAGGAAAGAAAAAACGCUAGCCCUAAUUAAACCAGAUGCAGUAUCAAAGGCUGGAGAAAUAAUUGAAAUAAUAAACAAAGCUGGAUUUACUAUAACCAAACUCAAAAUGAUGAUGCUUUCAAGGAAAGAAGCAUUGGAUUUUCAUGUAGAUCACCAAUCAAGACCCUUUUUCAAUGAGCUGAUCCAGUUUAUUACAACUGGUCCUAUUAUUGCCAUGGAGAUUUUAAGAGAUGAUGCUAUAUGUGAAUGGAAAAGACUGCUGGGACCUGCAAACUCUGGAGUGGCACGCACAGAUGCUCCUGAAAGCAUUAGAGCCCUCUUUGGAACAGAUGGCAUAAGAAAUGCAGCGCAUGGCCCUGAUUCUUUUGCUUCUGCGGCCAGAGAGAUGGAGUUGUUUUUUCCUUCAAGUGGAGGUUGUGGGCCGGCAAACACUGCUAAAUUUACCAAUUGUACCUGUUGCAUUGUUAAACCUCAUGCUGUCAGUGAAGGACUGUUGGGAAAGAUCCUGAUGGCUAUCCGAGAUGCAGGUUUUGAAAUCUCAGCUAUGCAGAUGUUCAAUAUGGAUCGGGUUAAUGUUGAAGAAUUCUAUGAAGUUUAUAAAGGAGUAGUGACCGAAUAUCAUGACAUGGUGACAGAAAUGUAUUCUGGCCCUUGUGUAGCAAUGGAGAUUCAACAGAAUAAUGCUACAAAGACAUUUCGAGAAUUUUGUGGACCUGCUGAUCCUGAAAUUGCCCGGCAUUUACGCCCUGGAACUCUCAGAGCAAUCUUUGGUAAAACUAAGAUCCAGAAUGCUGUUCACUGUACUGAUCUGCCAGAGGAUGGCCUAUUAGAGAGUCUCACUCUGUCACCCAGGCUGGAGUGCAGUGGCAGGAUCUUGGCUCAUUGCAACCUCCGCCUCCCAGGUUCAAGCAAAUCUUCUGCCUCGGCCUCCCGAGUAGCUGGGACUACAGGUUCAAUACUUCUUCAAGAUCUUGGAUAAUUAGUGGUAUGGAAAGUAAAGAAGUCACAGGUUGGGACAUUUAGACAAGAGUGAAUCACACACAUGAGGAAUGUGUUCAUUCUUUUAUUGUCCAUUGUUUUAACCUGACUGAAUACAAGAUCAACAAGAGCACUGUACUCCUGGCAAUUAUUACAUAUGUUAGAACAUGGAUUUUGCACUGUAGACAACAUUUAACACCAGUCUAUGGGGUACUGCAUUGCUUUUUAUAAAGUUCAAAAUAAAGAUUUAUUUUCAAACAA